UUUGCCAUCACCUACAAACUAGAGCAAACAGCCAAUUGUCAAAUUAGUGUAUGUAAACCUAACCUGAGAGUUACAAAAUUGUUUCGUUUCGUUUGAUUGUGAGUUGGCAUAAGGUUUCUCCGAAUAGGCUGUUUAUAAUGUAGAAUCAUAAAUCAGAUCCAGUCGAGAUGCUACACAACGCGAGAAUGCAGCCCAAGACGUCAAGGAUCGUCGGGCUGUGUUCCAUUGCCAACUUUAUAAACGCAGCAGACAGAGUGAUCAUGCCGAUUGCCAUUGUUCCAAUGACCGACCAAUUCAAAUGGAGCCUUCACUGGCAAGGGUGGAUAUUGUCUGCCUUUGCUUUCGGCUAUUUUACAAGUCAGGUGAUAGGAGCCUGUGCUGCGAGCAGGUUUGGAGGAAAAACCGUUCUUCUCUUCGCAGUAUUCCUAUGGUCAGUCUCCACCUCUGUUACUCCACUGCUAGCCACAUCCAUACCUUCGUUGAUAUUCUGCCGAGUGUUACUAGGACUUGGCGAGGGCCUCGGCUUACCAACAAUUUUCCACAUUUUCGCACAUAAUGUUCCGAUAGAGGAGAGAUCCAGAGCAUUCGGCUACCUAGUGGCAGCUGGUUCAGUUGGCCAGACUGUUGCUUCUAUUAUCUGUCCUCAUUUGGCGUGGCAGACAAGUUUCUACCUGUUCGGAACGCUGGGUAUCGUGUGGGUCUUCAUCUGGCUCAUCUUCUACAACGACAGCACUUCCCUCGCCAAAGAUGAGAUUCCACUCUUUGUUCCUAAAGUAACCAACACCAAUGUGAGAUGGACAGAGUUUGUAUGUCAUUGGCCGCUAUGGGCCGUGUACGUGGCUCACUUUGCCAUGAACUGGUCCAACUACAUCAUUAUGCAGUGGCUGCCGACUUAUCUCUCUCGUAAUCUUGGAGCCAACAAGGAGAGCAUCAGUCUCACCGCAGUCCCGUACAUUGUCAACAGUCUUAUCGGCAUUGUGGCAGGCCACUUUGCCGACAGGUUGGUGAGCCGUCGCUGGUCUGUGCUGUCUGUACGCAGACUCAUGACCAGUGUGGGACUCAUCGGACCCGGGAUAUUCCUGUUGGCGUUCUGCGCAGUCGACAAUCUACUGGCUGCUGUCGUGUUUGUAUCAAUAUCGAUGGGUUUGUGUGCCAGCAACUCCGCCGGACACCUCAGCAACCACGCGGAUAUUGCACCCAACCACGCAGGCAUCACAUUCGCCAUCUCAAACACUCUGGCUACCAUCCCUGGUAUACUGUGUGGACCACUCACAGCGGAGCUGGUAACCACCUCACACGGACGAUGGUUCCCUGUGUUUGUACUAGCAGCUGGUGUCAACUUCACAGCAGCCAUCAUCUACUACAGCCAGUCCUCCGCGUCGCAAGUCCUCUGAUCCCAGUAAUGUGUGAGACGGUAAGCAAGUCUGAAAAUCCUUUACGGAGAUGCAAGCAGCUGUCCGAGUCUUCUAUCUUGAAACAAAAUGGCUGUUGGCUGCGUUAUCUUGGAUCUGACCUAACCUAACCACUGUAAUAACAACUUUAUUUUCCGUUCCACGAAUAUUAAAAUUAAUGUAAAAUAUACCUCCAAAUUAUAUUUAUUGUAAAAAUGUUAUAACUUUCAAUACUUAACUCAAUGGUUGUUAUUACUGUGGACCUUUUGACUGUAAGACUACAGUUGAGUUUGUAAAUAUGUAGUUUAAACGUAAGUCUAGUAAUAAAUAAAGAUUUUUAUCUAAUAAACCAAAUGAAAAACUGAAUUUUAUAUUCUAAACAGAACACAUAACAGUUGUUAUUAUUUAAAGACUAAGUUACCUCUUUCCAAUAAAAGUUAGACCUUUUUUUCAAAGAGACAUGAAAAUAUAAAACCAAAUAUUUUAAUACUAUGAUUUAUAGAACUGUCUAUUUAUAUGUAUGUUUUUGAUACACCUUAGCUUUGCUUGUUGUAACCAUUUUUAGUUUUGUUUCUAAUACGUUAGUGAGACAAACAAAAAAUAUAUUCCAUAUCAAUCUAUUUAUGUUGAAACCCUCUGCUACAUUUUAUUUGACUAACUUUGAAAUCAACUGACACCGGACACGUUUUCUUUACAUCUCUGAAUUUGCUAGUGCAAAGCUUUGUUUUAAGUUUAAAGCCAAUAAUAAUUUCUUCUAUUUCUGUACUAAGAUAAAUUUGUACUGUAGAAUACAACCAGUGUUAGAAUUAUCAACUAGCUGGGAAUAAAGUCCUUAAUUAUCUUUGUUAUUGCACAGACUAAUAAAAAAAUAAGAAUUUAAGGUUUAAAAAAACUAGCAAUUUAACUAAAAGAAACAGAUAGCUCACUAUAACUAUUUUAUGCGCCUUAAAAUCUUAAAAAAAACAUUUGUCUUCAGAACUUGCUUCAAAGUUAUCAGGGAUAACAAUGGUAUGUUAAGUGUUAAUGUUUGAUAUGUUAAUUUUUUAGAAUUGUAGUUUUGUAAAUAUGUAAUUUCAAGCUUGUGAUGUUAUAUUGAUAUAUCGGUAACUGUGUUAUUUUACUAUCAGCAUUGUAAACUGUUUUUAAACAAAACUAAAUCCAAAUUCAUUUCCAGAUUAUGUAAAUAUGUUUUACUACUUGCCAAUAUUGUAUAUAUUUAGCUGGAAAAUAAGUGAUAGCAAUUGGUACCUGGUUAAAUCUUGUUCAGUCGAGCCCGUUGUAUUUUGUGUUAUAUUGAGUUUAGCACAAGGAAAUGAUUAUUUAUUAUUGUUA